AUGAGUGAUUUGUACAUUCCUUACGCACCUGCCUCAGUAUACUACAAUACUGGGGAUAACAGCUUCACAAGUCUUAAUGUAGAUCGUGUAAGGAGGUUUGUUACCUCACAAAACAGAAGUGUCUCUGGGCCAUCACAACGCAGGUCUUCACAUGACGAGAAAACGAACGUGCCUCGCAAAUUUUUAAUUGAUGUUCUAGAAACCCGUCGUCAGAUUCUGGAACAAGAAGAUACAGAUGGUGAUUUUCAGAUAACGGUAAACGACUCUGGUCCGAAAUCGUUAAAAGUGGGCACUGCAAUUUCCGGUGGUCAUAGCAAAUUUGAAAUUCGCGGGACAUAUAUGUUAUCGACUUUGCUGCAGGAACUAGCAUUAGCACUUGACCAUGGUCGUAAACAUAUAGUUAUAGAUGAGGCGCGGCUCAAUGAAAAUCCUGUCGAUCGGCUAUCUAGGAUGAUCAAACAUCACUUUUGGGAUGGGCUCACCCGGAGGAUCGAUGCAGACGGUUUAGAAGCAAUUUGUGCGGACCCUAAAAAUAUGAAUGCAGAUCAUAAUCCUCGUAUUUAUAUUCCAUAUGGUGAGGUUGAAACAUUUGAAUAUUACAAACAUGUAUCGGAGACUAGAAAACACUUGAAGCUUGAAGUGGAAAUGUUGCCGCAAGAUAUAACACCCGAAUAUGUAAAAAGCAUUAAUGAUCGACCAGGGAUUUUGUCUUUGGCAUUGAGAAAACACGUCGAUGAAAAGGGCAGAUCAAUACUCAAAGGCAUCCCGUUUAUAGUUCCCGGUGGCAGAUUCAAUGAAAUGUAUGGCUGGGACUCUUAUUUUGAAACUUUAGGAUUAGCUCUCGACGGGAGAAUUGAGAUGGCUAAGGGAAUGGUGGAGAAUUUUGUGUAUGAAAUUAAACAUUAUGGUAAAAUAUUGAAUGCAAAUCGCAGUUACUAUUUGACAAGAUCGCAGCCACCAUUCCUCACAGAUAUGGCACUUCGCGUAUAUAAAAAUCUUCAUGGUGAAGAAAACGAAAAAGUGAAAUGGCUUGCAGCGGCUUUUAAUGCUGCUAUCAAAGAAUAUCACACCGUUUGGAUGAGUGCUCCGCGCUACGAUCCAAAAACUGGACUUAGUCGAUACUAUCCAACUGGUAUCGGGAUUCCUCCAGAAACCGAGGCAAGCCACUUCGAUCAUGUUAUUUUACCAUACGCGAGACGAAUGGGUCUUACCAUUAAAGAAUAUGCGGCAAAAUAUCAAAAUAAUGAAAUUCAUGAACCACAAUUAGACGAGUAUUUCUUGCACGAUCGUGCAGUACGCGAGUCUGGCCAUGAUACAACAUAUCGUUUCGAAAAACGAUGCGCACAUUUGGCGACCAUCGAUUUGAACAGUUUGUUGUACAAGUAUGAAAUAGAUAUUGGUGAGACAAUUCGUGACAUUUAUAAUGAUAAUUUCGUAUUGGAAAACGGUGACAUUGAAAAAAGCGAAGAGUGGUUUAAACGUGCAAAAAAACGAAAAGCAAUGAUCGAUAAAUAUUGCUGGAACGACGAGAAAAGCCUAUAUUAUGAUUAUGAUACGGCAAAGGAAGAACCAUCUGUGUAUGAGUCAGUCACUGCAUUUUGGGCACUUUGGGCCGGUAAAAAUUCACUUUCUAAAUUUGAAGUUCUUGGCGGUUUGGUUAGUGGAACAGAAGAAUCACGUGGAACUAUAGCAUUGGAUCGUCCUAAUCGUCAAUGGGAUUAUCCUUUUGGCUGGGCACCACAUCAAAUAAUGACAUGGCGUGGAUUAGAAAAUUAUGGAUACUUAACCGAAGCUCGUCGUUUAGCCUAUCGAUGGCUAUACACUAUAACUAAAUCUUUUGUCGAUUUCAAUGGUGUUGUCCCGGAAAAAUAUGACAUUGUCACACUUAGUCAUCUGCUUGACGUGGAAUAUGGAAAUGUUGGUGUCGACUUUAAAUUUGUACCUCGAGAAGGUUUCGGUUGGAUGAACGCUUCUUAUCAAGUUGGUCUCAGCUACCUGACACAACAUCAGCGAAGAGUCUUAGGCACAUGUACGAGUCCCAAACUAUUCUUCAAGGAGGAAAAGAACAAAGUAACCGAGUUGACUGUCCAAGAAGUACUAAUGCAAGCAAAAGAAAUACUUUCUAAUAGUGAAAUUAAUAUACCAGACACUCCAACCCCACCCGAAUAUGCAGCUGCUGCUCAAAUUGAUAACGAAGAAGAUGAUAUUAUUAUUAGAUCACCAUUAGAACCAGUGUCUGAAAGUUUCGCUGAAAAUUUUACAGUCGCGCUAAUAAAUGAUGAAGGGCAAUUAGAAGCUGUGGAAUUGUCGCCGAUACAAAUGGAAGAGUAA